UUCCUCCUGAGUCAGGCAGAAGAGAGACAGCAGGCAGAGCAGCAGGGAAAGGAUCUGUUAGCAGAAAUGGGUCUCGAUUCCUCUGCAGCAGAAAGGACUCCGUUGGGCACCGGAGAGAGGCCAAUGGGUGAGAGAACAAUGGCAGCAAGACAUCUUCGUCUGUCUUUUCACGGUGGCGAAGAGGAAGCAGUGGCUGUGGAACCAGAUCAGGGUCCGGUGUGCUUUGAAGAUGUCGCUGUUCGUUUCACAGAUGAGGAAUGGGCAUUGCUGGAUCCUGACCAGAGAGCUCUGCAUAAGGACGUCAUGGAGGAGAAUCGUGGGAUCCUGCACUCUCUCCUUGGUGAUGGAUUGGAAAUGAAGAAUGGAGACCACAACAGAAUCCACACAGUGGAGAAGCCAUAUCAAGAUUGGGAGUGUGAAGAGAGCUCCAGUCAGAGCUCCUGUUCCCAUCGAAGAACUCACAGUAGGAAGAAAGGCUAUCAGUGCUCAGAAUGUGGGAAGAGCUUCAGUCACAGCGCCACUCUCACUUCUCAUCAAAGAAUUCAUACAGGAGAGAAACCCUAUAAGUGCUUGGAAUGUGGGAAGAGCUUCCGUCAGAGGACCAACCUAAAGACCCAUCAAAGAAUUCAUACAGGAGAGAAACCAUAUCAGUGUUUGGAAUGUGGAAAGAGCUUUAAUACGAGCACAAAUUUUCAUCGACAUCAAAGUAUUCAUCUUGGGGAGAAACCAUUUAAAUGCCAAGAGUGUGGAAAGAGCUUCAGUCGGAGUGCCCAUCUCAUGGGCCAUCAAAUUAUUCAUACAGGGAAGAAACCGUAUCAAUGUCUGGAAUGUGGAAAGAGUUUCAGUCACAGCGCCACUCUCUCUUCCCAUCAAAGAAUUCAUACAGGAGAGAAACCCUAUAAGUGCUUAGAAUGUGGAAAGCGCUUUAAUACAAGCACAAACGUUCAUCGACAUCAAAGUAUUCAUCGUGGGGAGAAACCAUUUAAAUGCCAAGAGUGUGGAAAGAGCUUCAGUCAAAGUACGAAAUUCACGGCCCAUCAAAGAACUCACAGUGGGGAGAAACCCUAUCUUUGCUUAGAAUGUGGUAAGAGUUUCAGUGUAAGCACCUAUCUCACUUCCCAUCAAAGAAUUCAUACAGGGGAGAAACCCUAUCAGUGCUUGGAAUGUGGAAAGAGCUUCAGUCACAGGGCCCACCUCACAGUCCACCAAAUAAUUCAUACAGGGGAUAAACCAUAUCAGUGUUUAGAAUGCAGAAAGAGCUUCAGUCAGAGGGCCCAUCUCACAGCCCACCAAAUAAUUCACACAGGGGAGAAGCCCUAUCAAUGCUUGGAAUGUGGAAAGAACUUUAGUCGGAAGGAGAGUCUCACUUCCCAUCGAAGAAUUCACACAGGGGAGAAACCGUAUAAGUGCUUGGAAUGCGGAAAGAAAUUCCAUCAGAAGGAAACUCUCAAUUCCCAUAAAAAAAUUCAUACAAAGGAGAAACCUUAUCAGUGCUUUGAAUGUGGAAAGAGCUUCAAGUUCAAGAGGAGUCUCACAUCCCAUCAGAGAAUUCAUACAGGGGAGAAACCGUAUCAGUGCUUGGAAUGUGGACAGAGCUUCAGUCAGAGGACAAUUCUCACUUCCCAUCAGAGAAUUCAUACGGGGGAGAAACCCUAUCAGUGCUUGGAAUGUGGACAGAGCUUCAGCCAGAAGGUAAGUCUCACUUCACAUCAACUAAUUCACAGUGGAGAGAAACCAUUUCGAUGCCCAGAGUGUGGAAAGAGCUUCACGCAGAGGACAGGUCUUAUGCUCCAUCAAAGAAUUCAUACAGGGCAAAAAACAUUUCAAUGCUUGGAAUGUGGAAAGAGGUUCCGUCGGAACUCCCAUCUCACUUCCCAUCAAAUAAUUCAUACAGGAGAGAAACCAUUUAAAUGUGAAGAAUGCGGAAAGAGCUUCAGUCAUAAGGUCAGUCUCACUUACCAUCGGAGAGUUCAUACAGGGGAAAAACCCUACCAGUGUUUGGAAUGUGGAAAGAGCUUCAAUCAGAGAGCCGGUCUCACUUCCCAUCAAAAAAUUCAUACAGGGGAGAAACCACAUCAGUGCUUGGAAUGUGGGAAGAGCUUCAGUCAUAGGGCCAAUCUCACUUCUCAUCAAAUGAUUCAUACAGGGGAGAAACCAUAUCAGUGCUCAGAGUGUGGGAAGAGCUUCCGUCAGGGGGCAAAGCUCACUUCUCAUCAAAUAAUUCAUACAGGAGAAAAACCAUAUGAGUGCUUGGAAUGUGGACAGAGUUUCAGCCAGAAGGGAAGUCUCACUUACCAUCAGAAAAUUCAUACAGGGGAGAAACCAUAUCAAUGCUCGGAAUGUGCAAAGAGUUUUAAUAAAAUCACAAACCUUCGUCAACAUCAGAGAAUUCACAGUGGGGAGAGACCCUAUCAGUGCUCCGAAUGUGGAAAGAGCUUCAGUCAGAGCUCCCAUCUCACUUCCCAUCAGAUGAUUCAUACAGGGGAGAAACCCUAUCAGUGCUCGGAAUGUGGGAAAAGCUUCAUUCAGAGCACCCAACUCACUUCCCAUCAAAGAAUUCAUACAGGGGAGAAACCAUAUGAGUGCCUGGAAUGUGGAAAAAGCUUCAGUUGGAAAGAAGGUCUCACUUCCCAUCAAAUAAUUCACAGUGGGGAGAUACCAUUUCAAUGCCAAGAGUGUGGAAAGAGCUUCACAAGGAGGGCAGGUCUCACUUUGCAUCAAAGAAUUCAUACAGGGCAGAAACCCUAUCAGUGCUUGGAAUGUGGAAAGAGCUUCAGUCGGAAGGAUAGUCUCAAUUUACAUGCAAGAACUCACACGGGGAGGAAACAUUUUAAUGCUAGAAAUGUGGAAACAGCUUCACCUUGAACUGGAAUCUAGCUCCCCAUCAAACAAUCCAUACAAAGCAUAUCAGGGCUGAAAAUGUAGGGAAGACUAAUAAAGAUCCAUACUUCCAUCAACAGCACAGUGGGUAAUUUGGGGAGAAAGUAUUUCAUUGCCAAGAACGUGGAAAGAGUUUAAGUCAGAGGAAAAAUCUCACACCCAAUCAAAAGACUCACGGCAGGGCAAAGCUAUAUUAGUGCACGGAAUGUGGAAAGAGCUUUAGUAAAGGCGCCGGUGUCACAUCCCAUCAAUCAAUUUACAGUGAAUAGAAACAUAGUAAUGGGUGUGUAUUAUUUUAAGGGAGACUUUGAUUUUUACAGGGGCAACAAUUGGAACAAUGCUCUUCUCAUUCAGCAACCCAGCACCAGAUCUUGACUAGGGGCACAUUUUUGUCAGUGUCUCGCAUAUAUUCCCCAAGUAGGUGACCUUGUUCUGCUUCCUCCCCAGUGAUAACAGAGACUUAAGUCCAACCCCACCCAUUCUGGGGGGCAGGGUCUCCAGCCAAGGCCUUGUGACCCGUUUCAUAUGAGGUCUUGUGUCCCACAUAUUGUUGGUUCUAACCUUGUGAAGUUUUGCUCUUCUCCAGAUUUGAAAACUACUUUCUCCAAUUAAACAUGAUGGCAGUCUCGCUGCUGUAAUCAUUUACUGAAGUAAUCUUCCAUAAUCCUUUUGUAAUAGUGUGUCCAGAAAGAGUUCUGCCUUCAACUGAACUUUGUUUGUUGUUUGUAUAUAAAAAUUGCUUUUAUUUUUUAUCUAUGUCAUUUAAAUUGUGAUUCAUAUUAA